AUGUUUUGCCGCGGGGAGUUAGACCGACAGGGGGCGGUAAGAGUCCCGUUAGGAAAGCGGACAGAGACGCGACGCAAACCGGUCUUGCCUCGCUGUCUUUGGCAGGGCUUGCUGUCGAUCUUAUGGAAGUUGAAGAGCUCUCCGGAUCAGGAGGUGAGGAUCCUACUGCUGGGGCUGGACAAUGCCAGGAAAACCACCCUGCUGAAGCAGCUGGCAUCUGAGGACGUGAGCCACAUCACCCUCACACAGGGUUUCAAUAUUAAGAGCGUGCAGUCGCAGGGCUUCAAGCUCAACGUGUGGGACAUAGGGGGUCAGAGGAAGUUCAGACCCUACUGGCGCAAUUACUUUGAGAACACGGACGUGCUGGAUGGGAUGAGAUGGGCCUGCAGGAACAUCACAGCGAGGAAAAGAUAAACGAGAGGAGCAAGAGAACGAGAGAGAGAGAGAGAGAG